CAUCAAACCUUGUCACUAACUCCUUGUCAUCAAUCUAAAAUGUAACAAAUCUACCGAUGCCUUCGUUGCUGACCAUCAGCAUAUACGACAUCCACCACAUCCUGGGCAGGUUCAUCAGGUUGUACAGACAGGUGCAGGUGGUCUCUGACUGUCUGGCGUUCACGUGCUCCAUUCUCUGCUGCCAGUGCUGGGCCAUGUUGCCUGAUAACCCUGACGUGGAGGCGAGGAGCGAAUCUCACGAGGGAUAUUUGUUCUUACCGCAACACGUGAUAGACGCGAGGAAUGCAGGCGGUGAUCUGCCGAAGAACGAGAUCCUGAGCGAGUUCAGCCCACAAAAGGAGGACUCAGAGGAAGUCCAGAGGAAAUGUGUCGAGUUCUGGAGAAAAGAGCAAAUAUCUGCCCUGAAGCGGGAAAUAGAAAGUAAUAAAUCGUCAAAUAAUAUCAGCCACAUGGAGCUGAACAAAGAACAUCCCAGUAAGAUUUCCUCAAAGACAGCGCAAGGUGACGAGCUGCCCGCUGUUCAUGCCAAAUCAAAGAUAAGCAACAGUUUGAUUUUGAAAUCACCCACACUAUCGGUUUAACGUGCAAGAACAUAGUUCUUUUGUUGUCCUUUAUAUUAUGUUUUGUAUUUUUUACGUUUAUUCUCUAUUAAUUAAAGUAUUGUGACAAAUCUAU